UUUUAAUUAAAUAAAGAUUUUUUGGCUUCCCUUUACCUUGCAUUUUCCUCUCUUCCCCUCUGUGGUAGGGUAGGCUUCAUUCCUGCCGGAUUAUUACGCCGACCCCUCCUCCAAAAGUUGGUCUCUUGUGCAAAGUCACUGUCCUUUUGAGGUAAAGCUUCAUUUUUUUCAUAGCUUUUUUCGACAUAUUUCACUUGGGCUGCCUCUGGAAUUCAAGUUUCGUGUGCUUGUGCUAAAGAAUGCAAGGCAAUAAAAAUUGCAUCUUUCAGCACUUAGUUCGGAUAUGAUAAUGUCGGACGUGAUGUACAUAGGUUCUCACAUUUCUAUAUGUAAAACUACCCGCCAAACUCAAACUUAUUGCUGUUCAAGAAAACGUGACUUUAAACCCCAUUUACAGUCCGUCAGUCGCUUUAGUUUUGGAUUCGAAGUGAAAAUUUUAAAUCAUAAGUCUUCACGAAUAAAAAGUUUCGAGCUUGCAUCGGUUUGUGAGGCGCAGAGUGUGUCGGUACAAAAAGGAACAGAAGGUGUUUGUGAAAAUUACUCACAGAGCACACUGCCUCCUUGGGGUGAUUUAUCCGAUCAAAAUUCAGAGUACAAAAAUCGUUUGGAUUUUCAUUCAGAAACAUCCGUAAAUCCCGUCUGCACGUUUGAGGACGAGAUGUACUAUUUGGAGGAAAGAGAUGAACAGAUACUAUCAAACAGGAUUUUAAAACUCAGCAGGUCGAAUAAAAUUCGAAGUGCAUUGACAUUGUACCGGUCGAUGGUGUUUUCCGAUUUACUACCUAAUUCACACGCUUGUAAUUCACUUCUUUACUGUUUGCUGAGAAAUGAAAGAUUAGACGAUGCCCUGAACGUGUUUGAUUUUAUGAAAUCGAGAGAUAUUGCCACUGGCCACACUUACAGCUUGAUCUUAAAAGCAGUUGCUCGGUUUCGCGAUAGUGAUGCAGCUUUAAGGAUUUUUGAGGAAGCCGAGCAGAACAAGAAAACCAAGAAAUGUCUCGAUACAGUUGUUUACAAUACAUUGAUAUCAAUAUUUGGGAAAACAGAUGAGUGGGCCCGGGCUGAAAGAAUAUGGAGAAGUUUGCAAGAAAACGGGCCGAAAGGAACAGCUGUCACUUACCGUAUAUUGAUCUGUACAUUCGUCCGAUGUGGUCAGAACGAGCUAGCUCUCGAUGCAUAUCGCGAGAUGAUUCAAAAUGGGCUGGGCCCGCAUGAGGACGCCAUGCAAGCUAUUAUUGGGGCUUGCACUAGAGAAGGCAAAUGGGAUUUGGCACUAAACGUUUUUCGAAACAUGAUGGAUAGUAAACUUAAGCCGAGCCUCAUAACAUGUAAUGCCUUACUCAACUCGCUCGGGAAAGCAUCCCGAGUGAAGCUCGCAUUCGAGAUAUAUAAUCUUAUGAAAUCUUUAGGAUAUUCGCCGGACGCGUACACUUGGCACUCGUUGAUUGGUGCUUUGAAUAGGGCGAACAGAUACGCGGAUGCCCUUCGGCUUUUCGAAAGCAUCAGAAAAGAGCAAAAGGAGGUUUUAAAUGUACAUAUUUAUAAUGCGUGUUUGAUGUCUUGUCAGAGGCUGGGGCUGUGGGAAAAGGCCGUGGAGAUAAUAUGGGAGAUGGAAGUUUCUGGUUUUCUUGUUUCGGUCGUGUCGUAUAAUCUUGUUAUUGGAGCUUGUGAGGUUGCGAGAAAGCCAAAGGUUGCUCUGCAGGUUUAUGAACAAAUGGCUAUGCAAAAGCUUUCGCCGGAUGUGUUUACUCGGCUGUCGUUGGUAAGAAGUUGUGCGUGGGGUUCGCUUUGGGAUAAGGUUGAGGAAAUCCUAAAGGCUGAACCAAAUGGAUCGUUAUAUAAUGCUGCUAUUCAGGGUAUGUGCUUGAAGGGAAGGGCUGAUCUGGCUAGAAAACUGUACAAGAAAAUGCAUGAGAUGGGCCUCAAGCCUGAAGGCAAAACUCGGGCUUUGAUGCUGCAAAACUUGAAAAAGGGUUGAUUUUAUGACUUUUGUGUUAUACGAUCCAGACCAAAAGGGGCUCGACUAGCCAUGUUUAGGUUUUAUCCGAAAAUAGCACACUAACAUGCUCGAGUUGUAACAAUAGUACAAUACUUUACCCUUAUGUUAUAUUUGAUGUACAAAAAUAUUCGAACAGAAUACAGAAUGACUUACUGUACCUUUAUAUACAUUUUAUCUUUAUAUACAUUUUAUUUUAAUAAAGAUAGACUAA